AUGGGACAAAGACAAUCCUCUCCUGAACAACCAGAAGAACAGCAACAACAACAGCAACCUUCUAAUAAUUCUCGAGAGAGAGUUAUUAGGCCUAGUUCAAGAACUCAAGUAGAAAGAAUUAAUCCAAUAUACAUUAAUCGCAAUCCACCCAACAUGCAAUAUAUACCAUUGAAUGAUAGUCAACGUAGAGCAGAACGAAGAUAUAGAAGGUCUCAGCUGCGAGAACAAAGAGAGCAGCAAAGAGAACGUCAAGCAUUUGAGACACAACAACAACAACAACAAGAACAAGAACAAGAACAAGAACGAGCACAAGAACGAGCACAAGCACAUCAAGAACAAACACAACAUGAAUUGACUGAGAAUCCGUCUGGAGUCACAAUGACAAAUAUCACAAACACAAUGAAUUCCUACAGUAGUCUAAGUCCAUUUGCACGUAUGUUAGCUCAAGUCAUUAGUGAGGCUGUGGUUGCUUCUUUCCGGAGUGGACAGAUUCAAUUCAAUGCAUCUGCCUUCCAAGGUUCAGACCGGCAAGACGAUAAUAGAAGCAUUCGACAACAACUUACUAUGCAUUUAUCACCUGAGCUCUUUCAGCAAAUGGAACCAGAAAGUGAUGAGAAUUCGUUCAUGAGGUUUAUGCGGCUACCAGUUAUUAUAUCAAGUAUUGUUUCAUCAAAUCAAAGCGAAGGUGCUACGCCAGAGGACCAAGGCACAAGUGAACGAGUAAAUAAUAGCCAAUCAACCGCUAGUAGUACCGCUGCUACCAACAAUAAUAAUACUUCUAUUACGACUACAACAACUUCUUCUACGGAAAAUAGCAGUAACAACCAAUCAUCAUCACCAUCAUCAAGUACAGGGUUAUUAAAUAAUGAUGAAGUCACUCGAAUUUUAAUGUUACCUGUAUUCUUGUAUGGUAUCCGUAGCAACCAUCAACUAAAUCUCUCAAGCGUAUUGAAUGAUGAAGAUAGCUCUACUUCGGAACAACCAGUGAGAAGACAAAGUCAACGCUUAAGAGAAAGACAGCAAAGAGAGGAGGAUAACAAUAAUAAUGCAGAGGAAGAAACAAGAAACAGCAACAACAAUAAUGAUAAUAAUAAUACCAGUAAUGGCAAUGGAAAUAAUGGACAAUGGACAGUGUAUAUUAUUAGUGGAAAUAGUGUAGAGAAUAUCAUGAGUGAGCGUAACCCAACCUACGAGGAAUUAUUGGAUCUAGCUAGUAUCAUUGGUCCAGCCAGAAGACCGACGGUGAGUCAAGAAGCGAUAGAUAGCCAUGUACCUAUUGUGAAAUAUACCCAGCAAGUGAAGCAAAAUAUUAUUGGCAAUUCAGAAGGAUGUCAGGUGUGCUUGAAUGCUUACCAAUCAGAAGAGGAUGUGCGUAUUCUUGCAUGUCAUCAUGGAUUUCACAAGGAGUGUAUAGACAAGUGGUUAACUGAGGGUCAAAAUCAAUGUCCGCUCUGCAGAAAUGUGCCAGUUCCAACAAAUAGUAGCUCUUGA